CCAUAUGUUUUCUGUUUUGCAGACGACAUGAAUUGUCAAUUUGUGGAAAGUAAUUCGAAAUGGAUGCACUCAGGAACUUUAAAGAUUUUCUCUUAGUGUUCAACAAAAUGUCAGAAACUUGUUUUACGCGAUGCGUUAACACAUUUCAGACUAGAGAGCUGACUGAAGAUGAGGAUAAAUGUGUUGAAAUGUGCUCAACGAAAAACAUUAGAGUCAACCAUAAAAUCAUGUCUGUGUAUAUGGAAGUUCAACCUCUAAUUGUGCAAAAGCGAGUGGAAGAGAUGGAGAAACUUAACCCACCACAAGCUGUCGCAGAAACUAUUCCUGAAGUUGCUGAAAUUAACACAGUCGCACAGUCAGUCAUAAUAGCAGAAACUGAGCCUCAACAUGUUUCACAAGAGACCUCAUCUUUAGAGCCUCAAGUUGUGUAAAAUAGUGACACAUACCAACAGGACAGAAAUGAAUCAGUGUUAUUGCAU